AUGGAACCUGCCAGAGUGCACCCCGUGCUGAGCAUCCUGGGGAGCAAGUACAAACCCUUCCAUGAAAACUUGUCAAGCAGGACACACAUAAUUCUACUCCCAGAAGCAAAAACCCUGGUAAAUAUAAGCAUAGAUAUAGAUUUUAUGAAAAAACACAUAUGCUGCAAGAGCCACUUAAAAAAUGUAUACAUAAAUUUGGCCGGCCAGUCCAUCGAAAUUCACGCUAGGUGUGUUACCACAGGGUACGGAUUUGAGGAAAGCAGGAUUUGCGAAAUUUUAAAAGUAGAAACGAAUCCCAAUUAUAAAUUUUUGAAAAUUAUAUUUAUUAAUACUCCAUUGGAAGGAGGGUACCAAGAUAGUACACCCGUCAGUUACAUCAACGAUGAAGGUGGGCCAGCGGAUGCACAGGCGGACCACCAAUUCAGUAAGCCCGCGUGGGGAGAACCCAAUGCGAUACAGUGCAAACACAACGUAACCCUAUUUUUUAAGCAAAACGAAAAAUGCCACAAAUUUCUACACACACAACUUGUGCAAUUUGCCCACUCGUACAUUAUCGUCAAGGGAUUCGAAAACUGCAUUGGAAAAAAAAUCGUCAACAUGGUAGACGACACACUCAAAUUACAAAGCAACGCCAAUGAAUACACAUUUAAAAGUAACAUAAAGAUGCCACUAAUCAAGUACACAUAUUCCUAUCUCUAUAAUAUUAUAUGGAAACAGCUAUCUAAAAAUUACCAACAAAUAGAACACAGGGUUCAGGAAAAAAUGAAUUACCUGAGAAAGGACAUUAGCCGAUUUUUAAAAAAAUUAAAUCUAGGAAAUAUCAGCAUGUUCCAUGUGGAAACGACUGCCUUUCACAUCAAGCAGAUCGAAAAGUGCAAUAAUCCAAUAGACAAAAUAUACAUCCUAGAUAACGUCAGCAACAUAAUAUGUGAAAUCAUUUCAUGCACAAAUCAAAACCUGAAGAAACAAAAUUUAGCAAUUUACGAUAUAAACAGUGACAGCCUGAUUUCAAUUCUCGUGGCGGCAAUUUCGUUUGGUCAAAUACAAAACAUAAUUAACCACUCCAUUCACUUACACAUGUAUGUAGAUAACUUAAAGGCGUCUGAAAAAAUUGAUAAAUUAUCAUUUGUCUUUACAAUAUUUCACUCUUCAAUUAUUUACCUUUGCGAUAUGAAGGAGGAAUAG